AUGCUCAGUAUAAUCAAGGGAAGAUCAAAGCCUCUCAAAAAGCCAGAGACCACAGGGAUUCACGAGCUUAGAAAUGGGAAAGUGAAGAACCAAAUAGACAUGAGAGGCCAGACUCUAUUUCUAUUAGGCAUCAACGAGUCGCUGGAGGCGGAGGCGGGCGCGGGGCUGCAGGGGGGCGGCUCGGCCGCCGUGCGCCUGGCCGUGUCGGCCGUGUACUCCGUGGUGUGCGCGCUGGGGCUGGUGGGCAACGCGCUGGUGCUGCACCUGAUGCGCGGCAAGCGGGGCUGGCGCAAGUCCUCCAUGAACCUCUUCGUGACCAGCCUGGCCGCCACCGACCUGCAGUUCGUGCUGACGCUGCCCUUCUGGGCCGUGGAGAACGCGCUGGACUUCACCUGGCUCUUCGGGCGCGUCAUGUGCAAGGCGGUGUCAUACGUGACGGCCAUGAACAUGUAUGCCAGCGUCUUCUUCCUCACCGCCAUGAGCGUGGCCCGCUACCGCGCCGUGGCAUCGGUGCUCAAGAGCCAGCCCAGGAGCGGCUGCGGCUGCGGCUGCGGCGCCCGCGGGCUCUGUGCCCUCAUCUGGGCUCUGGCCGUGGUGGCCGCGCUGCCCCACGCCAUCUUCUCCACCACUGCCAACGUCUUCGGCGAGGAGCUCUGCCUGCUGCGCUUCCCCGACAGCCCCAGCGCGCGCGUGCAGCUCUGGCUGGGGCUCUACCAGGUGCAGAAGGUGCUGCUGGGCUUCGUGGUGCCUCUGGGCGUGAUCAGCCUGUGCUACGCGCGCCUGGUGCGUUUCCUCCGCGGCCGCCACGCGGGCCAGCGCCGCUCGGCCAAGGUGACGCGCUCGGUGAGCGUGGUGGUGCUCAGCUUCUUCGUGUGCUGGCUGCCCAACCAGGCGCUCACAGCCUGGGGCGUCCUGGUCAAGCUGAACGCUGUGCCCUUCGGGCCUGCCUACUUCCUGUCGCAGGCCUACCUCUUCCCCGUCAGCGUGUGCCUGGCACACUGCAACAGCUGCCUCAACCCCGUGCUCUACUGCCUCAUGCGGCGGGAGUUUCGCCAGGCCCUCAAGAACCUGCUGUGGCGCCUCGCCUCGCCCUCGCUCACCUCCAUGCGCCCCUUCACCCUCACGACCAAGCCCGAGCCUGACGAGCAGGCGCUGCCUGCCCUGGUGCCCCUGCCCGCUGCUGCUCCACCACCCCCUGCCACCCCGUCCGAGCUGCUCUACUACCCGCCUGGCGUGGUGGUCUACAGCGGCCACUGCGACCUGCUGCCCGCUGGCCCCAGCGAGCAGCGCUGCUGAGCGCCCACCCCGAUGGCUGUGACUGUGGGGCGGGAUGUCUGGGCACAAAGGCAAGCCCUGCGGCAUUCCUUGGAGCCGGCCUCCACCCUGCAGGCCUCAGGGACUGGGGUGAGGCCAUGGGAGGUAUGGGGGUGUUGUCCCUGGCUGGACAGUGCUUUGAGGGGCCAGAAUAAGGUGGCAGGGAGCUCCCACCGUACCAGCUUGGGUGCUAGGCUUCCCUGAGGAGCCACUUUGCACAGCUGUGGUGGUCCCUACAUGUCCAGGGGGCCCGGAGGGGGGAGCUGGACACCUGAGGGGAAAGAGCAAAGCCUGAGGCCAUACUGCAUCGCUUGUGUCUGAUCCUAAUCCCCCACCCACGGCUGCUGCAGGGCAGGAGAAAGCUGAGGCACUGGCUGAAACCCUCAGGCUGGGGGGGCAGAAUCUCCUGCUGCAGCCAGGUUUUGCCUUUACACACCUGUAUCUGGGCUAGAGGCUUCAUCCUCGCUGUGGUUCAUGCUGGCCAGUGAUUCCCACAGUUGGAAACAAUGAUCUGGACACUCUGCAGAGGUUUGUUCCAGGGCAAAUGUCUGCCACGAACAUUUGAGUUCAGCCAAGAACAGGCAGCGUUCUCCAAAAACAUGUUUGCCAGGUGUCUACCCUGCCCUUUACUGCCAUGUCAGUUUUGUGCCAGCCAGUUAAGCUAAAAGAGAAGCAGGAAACUCGGGGCAGAUCCUGCAUGUGCCAUUUAUUCCUGUCAACUGCAAGAACAAUAGAUUUUCUCGCUUCAGUUGUCAGAGCAAAACACUGGGGAAAAUUUAUUUCAGACAGACUGUUUCACAGAUUUGAAAUAAAAACUGUCAUUUAGCCAUUAUUUCAUGCUUUUCUUCUUGUUUUUUUAAACUUUGUUUAAGUUGAUAUGGAAAUAAAAAUGUAAGUUUGCACUGAAAUGCCACAAUAGCUCUUUAAAUGUCUCAUUUUGACAUUUUUUACUGAAUUUCCCCCCUUUUCUCAGCCAAAACCACUACUUGAAUUCAAAACAAAUUUAUGAAUAGUUUUGGUCACCUCCAAACUGCAGUUUUUGUUUAACAUUUGGCAGAGAGAGAGAGUUAACAGUAUUAUGAGUUUUUCCCAGUUAUGCUGAAAAGGGCUUGUGUGACUAUAGGCUGAGAGCCGGCUUUCUGCAGUGGAGUGAUUUCCACUUCCACGCACAGCGUUAGAAUAGAGCCUGAGACUUUCUGUUUUUGUCUCGGCCAACCUUGUACUGACUUCAGUGCGAGUUGUGGUUUCCAGGGGGCUGGACAAAAAGAGAGUAAAAUCCAAGGAGGUGGAAUUAAGACUUGCUCCUCUGCCCAGGAUGCUACCAGUGCUACAAACUGAAUAAAAAACAAAUAAAACAGUGGAGAUGCGAGACCCUUACAGUCCUUGUCACUGC